CUGGCGCUAGUGUCUACUGACGGGCUGUUUACCUUAAAUCCAUCUUCAGGGCCAUGGGUGAAAACACUACCGCAAAAUUCAAAUACAGUGCAAGAGUGGAAUCAGUAGCUGAUGGUUCGAACAAGUUCACCUCACCGUGUGUUUGCGACAAUGAGUGAUUCAAUUGUUGUUUCACCAGUAGGAAGUAUAGAUGGUACAGACACUACAGAUCAUGCUUUCCUUGAUUAUCGUCCAUCGGCAAAACUGAUUACACAAGUAGCUAGGUGCAUGUCGGUGUCAGUUCUCAAUGACAAACGAUUGGAGCACUCUGAUGAAGAAGUUAUACAGUUGAGGAACAAAUUCCUGAUUCUUACUAAAAAUAGAGCAAUUUUUAAGCAGCUAGAACAAAAUCAAAAAUGGACACUUGCAAUCAUAUGUAUUGUCUACUUCGUUUGUUUCUGUACAAUUUCUAUGCUUUCUACAUUCUUUUAUGAGAUAGCCAUUUUGCAUAAUAUCUCAACCAGCACCUAUGGUCUUAUUUUCAGUAUUCAUCCUGCUGUGGUAUUUUGUACAUCUCCAAUUUUUGGUCAUAUUACACCAUCUAUAGGACCAAAAUUUAUGUUUACGACAGGUGUAUUCCUCUGUGGAAGCUGCAAUCUCUUAUUUGGAACCCUUGAACAUGUUCAGGAUGACACACAAUUUACAAUCCUGUGCUUUGUUGUAAGAGGAUUGGGAGCUGUUGGAGCUUCAGCUUUCUCCACAGCUGGGGCCACCUAUGUUGCAAAUUUAUUUCCAGAUAAAAUUAGUGUAAUUAUGGGAAUUUUGGAAACUUUUAUUGGCCUAGGGUUUUCCAUUGGACCUCUACUGGGUGGAUCCUUAUUCACAUUGGGAGGAUUACAACUUCCUUUCUAUAUCAUGGGUUCAGUAAUGCUACUGAUCUUACCAUUCAGCAUUUUCUGUCUUCCCGAAACAAAUCACGUUUAUUCCAAAGGAAAUCUUGGAACUAAAGUCUUGGCCAUCAUAUUCAAAAUACCAGCUGUUUUCAUCAUUUGCGUAGUGGUGGCUGUAUCUUCAAGUGCUUGGAGUGUUUUAGAACCGACCUUGGUUAUUCACAUGGAACAGUUUAAAUUAGGCCCGAUGCAGCUGGGUCUUCUGUUCCUGAUUACUUCAGUCAGUUCCGCCAUUUCAAGUCCUUUUUGGGGCUGGUUAGUAAGCAAGUACAACCACGGAACUUUGAUGAUGAUUAUCGGGUUGUCUGUCACAGCAGUUGGCUUGCUCCUACUCGGUCCUUCUCCAAUUUUACCACACAUGCCAAAUGUGUUAUGGCUCAACAUUGUAUCCCUUGUUCUGAUUGGGACAUUUGUGGCAUUGGCUUAUGUACCCACAUAUCAAGCUUUACUUGAACACGCAGUGCAAGUAGGUUGUGAAACGGAAAUGAGUACAUACAGCAUCAUUGCUGGUCUGUGGGCGUCAAUGUACUCAUUAGGGGAGGUUUUAGGCCCAUGUAUUGGCAGUAUUCUAGUCGAUGUGUAUAGCUUUCCUCUGGCGAUAACAGCUAUCGGAUUACUGAAUUUUGCAGUCGCUCUCAUAUUGCUGUUUUACGUGGCAUUUUCCGCCUCUCGUACGAAAAAUAAUCCUCCUCUUUCCAAGUCACCACUUUUGAUCUCGGAAGACGAUGCAUCCAGCAAUUCCAACAUAACGCAAGUUGGAAAGACCGCUUCAAUUACGAUUGGUAUCAAUGGCGAACGUGAACGACUUAAUCAAGACGCAGAGUCUACUCAAGCAUACGGAACAACUUGCUAAUAUUUUUCAGAUAAUCUCGUGUUACAGUUUAGACUCAUUUUGCAUUAAAAUGCUAACGACAAAAUUUAUGAGAGCCAAAUAAUGUUCAAUAAGUCUGUAAAAAUGUUAAAUGGAUGUUAAAUUUCUGGUCCGAAUCUCUACUUAGAUAGUUUUAAUUUUUGUCAGCCUUAGGUAUAUUUUUGUGUAUGGUGUAUGUCAAUUGUGCAUUUGUUAACUCCUCGCCUUCUUGCUGGAUAACAUGUAGUCGAUUAAAAAGCAUAUAACUGUG